GGCCUUUUCGGAGUACACAACCCGGCCCAUUCUGACCCUGUGCAAAGACGUCUGGGCAAAAGCUUGAAAAGAGGCGGCGUGAAGCAAAACCCAAACUCGUUGUUGGUUCCGGCUCCGCUUUUCCGGCAUUGAUUCAGCGUUUGAUUGGAUUAGGCUGCUUAUAGUUAUCGUAUCGAAAGUGGAAACAUGGAUUCUGAAUUCUGUGAUCCCAUUCUUAUCGGGAAUGUGCACUAGUACAAGCACCGCAAACUGUUUGAAGAAACGCCUGUAUGAGAAACUGAGGAAGGAAACUAAUUGAUAGGAGAAGACAAAGAAAUGAGUAGUAAGUCGAUGAUGAAGUGGCCGAAGCAAAUUACGUCAUGUUUCGUGGAGCGGCUGAUUUGUUCCGAGAAAGACUUGGAUAAAGCAAUUUCCAUAUUUGACGCCGCCACUGCUGAGUAUUCUAAUGGCUUCCGGCACGAUCAUAGCACAUUUGGUUUAAUGAUUCGAAGAUUACUCUCCGCUAACAAGUUUGUGCCGGCGGAGGAUAUGCUUGUCAGAAUGAAGCAAGACAAGUGUGACAUCAGUGAAGAUAUAUUCUUGUCGAUCUACAGGGCCUAUGCUCGAGUUCACAAGCCAUUUGAAGUGUUGCGGGUUUUUGGAAAGAUGAAGGAGUAUGAAUGUGAACCCACGGCGAAAUCGUAUGUAACAGUGUUUUCCAUUCUUGUGGAUGAAAGCCAGUUGAAAAUGGCAUUCAAGUUUUAUCGUUAUAUGAGGGAGAAGGGAAUUCCAGCUAGUGUCGCCUCACUCAAUGUUUUGAUUAAAGCGCUCUGCAAGAGCAGCGGAACGCUGGAUUCUGCUUUUCGGAUUUUUCAUGAAAUGCCAAAACGUGGGCAUACUCCAGAUUCAUACACUUAUGGGACUCUGAUUAAUGGGUUGUGUAGAGCUGGGAGAACUCUUGAAGCGAAAGAGCUUUUAAUUGACAUGGAGGCAAAUGGUUGUUCACCCUCAGUUAUUACCUAUAGUUGCCUGAUACAUGGCUUUUGCCAGUCGAAUAAAUUGGAGGAUGCAAUGGAAUUGCUCAAAGAUAUGAAGAGCAAAGGUAUUGAGCCCAAUGUAUAUACUUAUAGUUCUCUCAUUGAUGGUCUCUGCAAGAACGGACAUUCUUUGCAAGCAAUGGAGCUUUUGGAGAGGAUGAUCUGCAAGCGCCUAGUUCCAAAUUCAAUUACUUACAGUUCCUUAAUUUAUGGUUUCUGCAAGGAAGGUAAACUUCACGAAGCUAUUCAGAUUCUUGAUCGAAUGAAGCUUCAGGACUUGAAACCUGAUGCAGGUCUUUACUCAAAAAUAAUCAAUGGCUUUUGUGAGAUCAGCAAGUUCCAGGAAGCAGCGAACUUCCUUGAUGAAAUGGUGCUUUCAGGGACAACUCCUAACCGUGUAACUUGGGGUCUUCAUGUCCGCGUUCAUAAUAGAGUAAUUCAAGGUCUUUGUUCUGAGGGUCACCCUAAUCAAGCUUUUCAACUCUAUCUGGGCUUGCGUACUAGAGGAAUAUCUGUUGAAACAAACACCUUUGGAUCUCUUAUUCGCUGCUUUUGCAAGAGAGGAGAUCUGCACAAAGCUGGUCGAAUUAUGGAUGAGAUGGUGAUAGAUGGAUGCAUUCCCGAUGUGGAAACAUGGAAUGCCAUGUUGGACGGGUUCUGGGAUAGGAAGAAAGUUCGCGAAGCUGCUGAACUGUUACUGGCUAAGCUGAUGGAUGAAUUCUAGAAUACCGCACCCAGUUGAACAUACAUGUGGUGGAUGUAACUGUUUUGUCCAAUACAAAUUGGACGGUGGAGGAUACAUUAUCUUCCUCAGCUUUUUUCCAACUCUGUUUCCUGAUCGCUCCAAACUUUCUUGUUGGUCGAGGUUUCUUCAUUUCUAAACUGAUUAUCAAGAGAUAGGGUGCCUAAGAGUUUUUAUUCAGGUUUGAUCUGAAGGUGCGAUGUCAUGCAUCAGCUAAACUUGCCAGGAUGAUUGUUAAAUGACAGAGAAAAAGGGCUUGCUUUGUUAUGAUUACAUAUAGGAAUAUGUAGGGGUGAUGCCACUCACAUCAAUAAAAUCAAGUAUCAAUGAAAUGAAAGAAAAUGCAUAUUUGCACAGCGAGUACAGGCAACGUGUUUUAACUGUUGGUGACUGGGAAGCCAAUACCGUGUC